GACUGCGAUCCAACAAUUGUUAGCAACGAUGGAUGGACAUGCAUUCACUUUGCAUGCAUGUGGGGGAAGCUGGAUGUGGUUACUGGAGAACACUAACUGUGAUUCAAGUGUCAGGAUCACGAAUGGCAUAAGCAACGUGGCGUAAUAGGUUGUCUGGCCAAAGAUUCUAAUUUCAAUCCCAAUAAUGCAGACAACAAUGGAGAAACUCCUCUGCACAUUGCCUGCAGGUAAGACUUGUGUUAUGUGUACUCCCUUACAGUAAACAUGUUGUAUCAACUCUAACCCCAAAACUGCAUCAAAUGUUUAACUGUACAAGAAAGCAGUUCAUGGCAGUGCUAACUCACUUACAUUACAAUAUGCAUCAUUAAAACGAACCCCAGGAAAUGAUCAUGGCUCCAAAACUCACGGCAAACA